AUGGCACGCUGCCUGAUGCCCGGCCAGGUGCUUCCCUAUUUGCCUCCUCCUCCACUUCCGACUGAACCCGAAGACGACCAGCCCCCGCCUGCGCCACUUCUGGCACCUCUGCCACUUUGCACUUGCCAGGAUGAGAGGACCGACCUCAUGGUCUCCGGUCGUUUCAACGACGCCGAAAUGGUGGCCUACAUCAAAAGCGUUCGGGACAUCUUGAUUGCGAAGGGAGUCCCCAUCUUCAUGGUUGACACCCAGGGACCCGGGGAUGCCUUUGGCGUCCAGACUGUGGAAGGCCUCUACAAGGCCAAGGCGUUGCUCGCCUUCUGUGGCACGAACUACGGACAGCGCACAGGAGCUGGCUAUGAAACAUACGUGGAACUUCGCUACGCACAUGACAACAAACUCGAGAUCAUCCCUAUCCAGCUCUGCGACACUUUCCCUCCUCAACCACCAGAUUUGGCAGGUCGAGCUCAGAACCAUGUAGUUCUUCGACCGGAUUUGAUGCGCGUCAUGGACACGGGUAUGAACAACCCAUUGCACGUCGCCGACGAGAUCCACGCAGCCUGGACCCGUCGGCUUCAACACCUCCGAGUACAUGUAAAGCCUUAUUGUUGA